UCUCGUCUGAACUUGAUCGCAUCUGCAACAACUCUCUUUCCAAAUAAGGCUGCACCCACAGGUUCUGGGUGGGCAUGGAUUUUGGGAGGACACUAUUCAACCCAGUACAGAGGAGAUCAAAUAUUUUAAGGAACUAGAGUCACAUGAAGGAACAAGAGGACACAGAGUCAUCGCAAGUUGGGGAUGUUGAGAGAAGACAUGAUAAUCAAGUCUAGCAAAUACAAGGUCCAAGGCGAUUUGCAUUUCCCAUUCGUAUUUUUCUGCUUUUCUCUUUUCAGUUCACAAGAACAAUAAAUGCUUUUUUAUAGAAAAUUCAAAUAGUAAAGAAAGAUACAAAAACAAAAUUAAAACUCCCUCAACAUCCGACCACGCCAGAGACGGUUGUUAUCAACAUUUGGCCAGUAUGCUUCCAGACCUCAUUCUGUUUAUAUAAGCACAUGUACAUAUGUGUAUGACUUUAUAGAAAUGGGAUUAUACAACAUAUGUUACUUUGGAAAUUGCUUGAUUACCCCAAAAUAUGUCACGGGACGCUUCCAUGCCAAUACAUACAGCCUUGCAACAUUCAUUUCAGUGGCUCUAGCGGGUUUCAGUGGAGCUUUCAGACUAAGACAGACUAGGAAGAAAGGCCUGGCAAUCUGUUUCCAAAAAAUCAGUCAAUGGAAAUCCUAGUGGAUUUUAAUUUGAGGCAUGCAGGAAUAGGGCACCAGGGAUGAGACAGAGCAUGUAAUCCGACAAGAGGGACACCAUCUUCUGUAAGCCACUGGGGCAGAAUGAGAUCAGAUUGUGCAUGGGGAAUGAGUAGAUUUUCAGAGAAAGAGAAACCUACCUCUUCUUCCUUAAGCAUCUUCCUUCCAGCUAAUUCUACAGCUGAAAAGAGAGGUGAGGCAACAGAGAGGAGUGGAGAAGGACAGGCAGGUGUUAGUCAUGCAGGGAAAGGGAAGCGUUGUUUCUUCCAUGAACUCAGACAGAAACUGAUAACACAGAGUGAAGAAUAUUUGCCACUUGUUGGGAAAUCCAACCGUAUGAACGUACUCAGGGUGACUCACCUGUCCUUGUCUUGGGGCAUUUACAGCCUAUAGUGUUUGUUUAUACCUUCUCACCCAAUCACAAAGGCCCAGGGAGUAAAAAUGGCUGCUACAAGCGCUCAUGAAAUGCCCCUCCUGCCAAGACAUGGACCUUGUCUCCAAAAGCCGCCUGGGUUAGUCGAGGAGCUAGGUGUGAAGGCUAGAUGAACGUAUUUAUUUAUUAGACGUAAUCAGACUUAUCAGACUAACAAAUAGGGCAUAAGGAGCAAAGUGGAGGGAGAAUGACAUUGGAAAUGUAGGUUGGGAACAACCUGUGAGGGGUCUGUGUAUACCAAUCCAAGGAAUGUGACCUUUAACCAAGAACAGAGGUGACACACUCAAAAACCCACAGAGACCGGGCAUGUAAAUGAGUGAAGCAGGCCAGAUGUAAGUUAUUAAGGAGUGGUGGGGACUGUGGUAAACUGCAGAGCUUGUGCCCUGUCUGAAGAUGGGAGCUUCUCUCAGUCUCCAUGUGAGAAUGUUGGCCCAGUGUGGCUAGAUCUCCCAGUUUUCCAAGAGAAGCCAAAAAUCCAGGUUUUUAGAGGACAGUGCUAGGUUUUUCAAACACCAAACUCAAACCCGUUGCUAUCAAGUCAAUGCCAACUGAUAGCGACCCUAUAGGACAGAGUAGAACCGUCCCAUAGGAUUUCCAAGGAGCAGCUGGUGCAUUUCAACUGCUGAGAUUUUGGUUGGUAGCUGAGCUCUUAAUCGCUGCACCACCAAGGCUCCUUUUUAAACACAGUGCAGGCCGAAUCAAACUUGUUUUCCAAUCAGAUAUGGUCCAUAGGGAACUGGGGAAGGUUUUGGAAGCAAAAGAGGGGUGUGAUCAUAUCUGUGCUUUAGAAAAACUGCCGUGUGGUGUGGCAGCUGGGUUACUGAGAAUAGGCGAGAGGAAGAGGAACCAGUUAGGGAACUGUUUGGACAAUACAGGUGGGAGGUGAUGGCAGGGCUGCCAGGGCAGAGGCUCCGGGGAAUGUCGUCCGACUGGUUCGGAGCCCAGAAUUCCGUGGGAAGAAAAAUGUCUCCAUUUUGAAAAAGGGUUCGAGCUUCUCUCUAAUUUAGCCUUAAUCAGCUGCUGGGCUAGGAAUAGGAGCCCUGGCGGCACAGCGGCUAAGAGCUCAGCUGCUAACCAAAAGGUCAGCAGUUCGGAUCCACCAGCCGCUCCUUGGAAACCCUAUGGGGCAGUUCUGCUCUGUCCUGUAGGGUCGCUAUGAGUCGGAGUCAACUUGACAGCAACGGUUUGAGUUUUUUUGGUUUGGGCUAGAUGGGCAUUUUUAAAGGCACCCUGGCACCUUUCCUGAAGUGAGAACUAGGGGAGGACGGGGUAUUACAGCAAAGACGCCAGCCUACUUUUGUUGUUGUGGUUGUGUGCCAUCGAGUCAAUUCUGACUCAUAAUGACCCCAUGUGACAGAGCAGAACUGCCCCAUAGUGUUUCCUAGGCUGUAAUCUUUAUGGAAGUAGAUUGCCAGAUCUUUCUCCCAUGGAGCUGCUGGUGGGUUUGAACCUCUGACCUUUCAGUUAGCAGCUGAGUUCUUAAUCAUUGCGCCACUAGGGUCCCUCAGCUGAAUGUUAUCCCUGCUUAUUUCAGAGAUAGACUCCUGGAACAAGCCUCCCAAUCCUCACCCCUCCCCUCCCCCCACACACCCCCACACAAAUGGGCUUAGCACAGAAUUAAAAAUGUACGUAUCACGAUGUUGGGCUCUUGGGAGAAGCCAGUGGGGAAUUCAGAGCCAAGCUCAUGUUUGCAAACAUACCAGGCUCUGCUUUCCAGCAGAGGCAGGAUCUGGCUUCUACUGAGGCUAUUCCGUGGAGACAGGCACAUGAGACAUGAGCUUCAGAGCCAUUUCAUGGUCUUGAUGGUUGUGCAACUGGUCAUUUCAGGUCCACGGGAUCUGGGGAGGAUGUGAAGGGCAGGGAGAAGGGGAUGAAGGGAGGGAAGGUGACUUGCUUCAAAGCCUUUCUCUAACACCCAGCAAGAACCAUUUUUAGAACAUUCUUUCUCUGCAGCCCCUUCCGAGGGCAUUGGCGUAGCUUUAUUUUUAGAUAUGGGCACAGGAAAUGGCUUGAGGACUGUGUCCAUCAGUCUCUGGCACUGCCUGGGAGUGCCUCGUGGGGCUAAGGACAGGACCAGGCAGUCAGGCAAAGGUUAGGGGGAGGAACGCGGUGAAGGCAGUGGUCCAGAAUGCCUGCAGGAAAUGUUUAUGUUUCUCCACUAGGAGGGAUGGGAAACAAGCUUUUUCCAUGCCUUCUGGGCAGCUUUGCAAAAGUCUCCAGCCCAGAGCAGCCUGCAGACAAAGCGUGAAGCUGAGAAGUAAAAGUAUUCUGUGGUUGGAUGCAACAGUUCCUUGUAGCAUGAUAUUCACUCCCCUCCGCUUCCCAGAAGUGACCUCUUUGAUGAAAUUGCAUGGGUUUUGGGUCCCAGCCACGAUACGUUCUUUGCCUCUUGUCUGGUCAGCCAGCUGGUGAUCCAGGUUCCAGAGAAAGGACUCCACUGGCUCUGUGACUCCCUGGCUGAAGCUUCUGUCCUCCGUGCAGCGGCAGGUCUACCCUGAGCACAGUGCCUGCAUUCCGGGAAGAUGGAGCUGGAAACGUGGUGGCUGGGUGAGUGGUAGUGUUCAGAAAAGUGUCCGCGCCUUGGUGGGAGUUCCGGGAACUGCCCUGAACGCAGAGCACUGGCUCUCACUCCAGCAUGGACAACGGGUCAUGCUGUCUCAUUGAGGGGGACCCCAUCUCCCAGGUGAUGCCCCCGCUGCUCAUCCUGGCCUUCGUGCUGGGCGCCCUGGGUAAUGGAAUUGCCCUGUGUGGCUUCUGCUUUCACAUGAAGACGUGGAAGCCCAGCACCAUUUACCUGUUCAACUUGGCGGUGGCUGACUUCCUCCUCAUGAUCUGCCUGCCCUUUCGGACAGACUACUACCUCCGACACAGGCGCUGGGCCUUUGAGGACAUUCCCUGCCGGGUAGUGCUCUUCAUGUUGGCCAUGAACAGGGCUGGGAGCAUCGUCUUCCUCACCGUGGUGGCCCUGGACAGGUAUUUCAAAGUGGUCCACCCCCACCAUACGGUGAACAGCAUCUCCAACCGGAUGGCAGUGGGCCUAGUCUGUGCCCUUUGGACCAUGGUCAUCAUGGGGACCCUGUACCUUCUGACGGAGAACCACCUGUGUGUGCAAGAGAAGGCCAUCUCUUGUGAAAGCUUCAGCAUGGAGUCAGGCAACGGCUGGCAUGACGUCAUGUUCCAGCUGGAGUUCUUUCUGCCCCUCGGCAUCAUCCUCUUCUGCUCCUUCAAGGUUGUUUGGAGCCUGAGGCAGCGGAGGCAGCUGGCCAGAUGGAUGAAGAAGGCCACACGGUUCAUCGUGGUGGUGGCCGUUGUGUUCAUCACCUGCUACCUGCCCAGCGUGUCGGCCAGGCUGUACUUCCUGUGGACCAUGCCCUCUAGUGCCUGUGACCCGUCUGUCCUUGUAGCCCUCCACGUUACCCUCAGCUUCACCUACUUGAACAGCAUGCUGGACCCCCUGGUGUAUUACUUUUCAAGUUCCUCGUUCCCCAAGUUCUACACCAAACUCAAAAUCCGCAGCUUGAGACCCAAGCAUCCGGGGCAGUCCAAGACCACCCCAAGGGCAGAAGAGAUGACCAUUUCAAGCCUAUGUCGUAAGAGUGGCAGCAGCGUGGCAACGAGCUCCCAAACCCAGUCUGAAGUCCAGUGCCAUCUCCAAGUGUCUUGAAUGGCAUUAAAACGAAUAAGCAAGCAAAUCAAGGAGACAGAUUGGCUACAUACGAAGAAUUCCAGUUGAGGGUGGGAGGACCUUGAAAACGCCACUCUUCUUAGCUGCGUCCACCUCACUCUGGUGGAAACAAAAUUCACAUUGUUAAACCUUUUUGGAAGGUUCCAGUCGAAUGAAGUGAGUGGAUUGAAUUUAUAUGUUCUGAUUACAAUGAGGAAGCCCUGGUGGCGUAGUGGUUAAGUGCUGCGGCUGCUAACCAAAAGGUCGGCAAUUCGAAUCCGCCGGGAGCUCCUUGGAAACUCUAUGCGGCAGCUCUACCCUGUCCUAUAGGGUUGCUAUGAGUCGGAAUCGACUCGACGGCAGUGGGUUUUUUUGGAUUACAAUGGCAGGGGAGGUAUG